UCGAAUAAAAAGCAAGAGAUGAAAAAAUCGUCAGCUAUAAAGGAGAGGAUAAAAGUAGCUGUUCGCAUCCGUCCUCCACUUGUUAAGGAAAUGAAAGAAUCUAAAAGUAGUACACGGUAUAACUAAGAGAUUUGGCGCUAGCCUGGCUUCCUUCGAAGUUGAAGAGGACAAAGUUAUUAAACUUACUAAAGACGAUAAUGUAGUCCAGUCUCAGUACGAUAUGGUGUUUGAUGAGGCCAAAUCUCAGGAAGAAGUCUAUAAGUUCUGUAAAGAGCCAAUACUUCAAGUUCCAGCUGGGUAUAACUGCACAAUCUUUUGUUAUGGCCAGACCGGCUCAGGAAAAACAUAUACAAUGUUUGGACCGAACUGGAGCUCUGAAACCUCCUCAUUUGUGGGAAGGAAGCGGCAUUUCAGGAUGCAUUCUGACGGAUUCGCAAAAUCAAUGGAGAGUUAUAAGGGGAUCAUACCCAGAGCGAUUACUGACUUGUUUAAACAGGCUAAUGAAGUGUACCAUACCGAAGGAAUCGAGUAUAGCAUUUACUGCAGUUUCAUACAGAUUUAUAAUGAGAAACUCUUCGAUCUCCUUCAGGAUAAGGAUAACACUCGCUCGUUAAACAUCAGGGAGGACAAGCACGAUGGGAUCUUUGUAGAGGGUCUGACCGAAUACCAGGUAAAAACUAUCCAAGAUUGCUACACCUUGCUGAAAAGAGGCGAGAGGAAUAGGGUUACGAGGCAGACUAAAGCGAAUAUAAAAUCCUCAAGAUCCCAUACCAUCUUUCAACUUCUCCUGGAGAGCAACAGGAUGGAUGUUAAUGGGAAGCUGAGGAAGAGUAAACUUAACCUCUGUGAUCUUGCUGGAAGCGAGAAAAUUCAGACAGAAGAAAAGCUCGGUGAACAGCAUAUGGAGGAGCAUAAGAGCAUCAACCUCUCUUUAUCAACCCUGGGUAAAGUAGUUGCAUCCUUAGCCAAAAAUGGGUCACAUAAGAACGUUCCUUACCGGGAGAGUAAACUUACAAGAAUCUUACGUGAUUGUUUUGGAGGAAACCAGAGUUUAAAGAAGGGGCAAGUGUCAGCUCUCUCAAGCUCGAUCAUCCUAAUAGCUACCUUGUCACCCAUGCUGUAUCAUAUUGAUGAGACAAUUUCGACCUUAAAAUUUGCUGAUAGUUCAAAAAGAGUCUUAGUGAAAAAGUCCUUAAAUGAGAUCAAUGGCAAGGAAGAUGCUGUUGUACAAAAACUGAGGCGUGAAGUCCAGUACCUCAAGGACAUCCUCCAGUUCAACCGGAGCGGGUAUAAAGGCAAUACUGCUGAAUCAUACCACAAGAUGAUCUAUUUAGAUAAAAUUGCUCCUCUUGAAAAAGAGCUUCUCUCACUAAAAGAGCAGAAUUAUAAACUCAGAGAAAUAGCACAGAAGGCUGAUUAUGUGAAGAAAUUGGAGGCUGAGAAUAAUCAGCUAAGACAAGAAAUCCAGCAAUUCAGAAACACGCAGAAGACAGAUGGAUUCAUAGCUUGGCAGCACCAGGAGAAGGACAAGCUUGAUGAGAGAAGUGAUGCUAUGAACCACACUGAGUUCGAUAAUGGAGAUGUCAAGAAGAACAUCUUUAUAACUGAGCAAGACCCUCAUCAGGAAAAUCAGGAUAUCGAUCUAGAUGAAAUUUAUAAGCUGCCUAUUGAGAACGAAGCUAUCGAAGAAGGGCCAAGCUAUGAGCUAAAAUCAAGUUUUAGCAACAAGCCAAGCCUUAAUAAGCAGUCUAGUCUUGGAAAGAAGCCUUCAGGCGUUCAUGUCAUGAGCCCUUUUGUCAUGACGCCUCUGCAUAACCAAAAGAACUUGCCAGUUAACAUCAAUAUACGAAGUGCAUCUAUUGGGACUGUGGAGGAAAAGUUGCCAGAGGAGAGGUCACAAGUAAAGGUAUCCCAGCUACCUCAGGCCUUUAACUCUUGGAGCUUGAAGGGCAAAUUGGUAAAUGACGGUAGAUGUCCUAAAUGCACGUUGAAAAUACCUUGAGCCCAUUACAAGACACAAGAAGAGGUUCAUUCUGAUCCUUCAAAUUUUCCUAAGAAGCAAAACUCCUUGUUCUCAGUGAUUAAUAAGGUCUCUGAGAGGAAGGAUAUGAUCUCUCGCGAGACCACGAAAGAUUACUCUUCAGUUCAGAAGUAUAUCGAGAGUGACAGGAGCAAGGAUGUAAAGUUUUUCAGCAAGAGACAGCUGGACAUCAGCACUAAUCAUGAGGAACUCGAUCCUGCAUUGCAAAACCAGAGUGAUGAAGAGAACAAAUCUAUUUUCACCCAAAAUAUUUUGAAUACAAGCGACGAUCCUUUACAGAAAAUGAUCAAGAGGAAGAUGAGAGGGGAGAAACAGUCUGAAAAUGGGAUCUAUGCCUUGAAAUCACCGCUUUCAAAUCUGGUAGAAUACAACUCCCAGCAGAUCACCCCAGCAACAGUGACAGAUUAUCGUCGAACCUCUUAUGGGCAGCGCCUAUCCAAAGAUGAUGAUAAUAAUCCAGUAAGAAUGCGGAUUCGAGGGAAAAGUAACAACAUUGAGUUCAGAGAGGGGAAUCUGAACCAAACCAUGUAUGAACAACACAGGAGGAUAAACCUGAAGAGACAACGCCAAGAGGAUAGAUCCAAGCUUAAAUAAGUUACAGAAGAUCGAACGGUACAGGGAAGAACGACUACUCCAAGAAAUCAGUGCUCUUGAAGAAGAGAAGCGGAUCCUCAGCCAAGAGCAUAAGAAGGAAGUUAUCAAAGAGCGCAAGUAGAAGGAAUAGAGGCAAGAAGCUCAAAAUCAGACUUCAAGAGAUGAGAAUGCAGAAGGUCCAACAACAAGCACAGGUUGAGCAGAAGAGGAAGUAAUAAGAAAGGAAUUAAUAAAUCUCAUGGCCAUUUAAGUGAGUUUAAGGCUCGCCAUAAAGACACUAAAAAGCUACCUAAUUCUAAGCAGAGGGCGAAGUACAUCCUCAGCAUGGCUGAUGAUAUGUUCAGCAGCGAGGGCG